UUCGAAAACAAAAAAAAAAUGACGUACAAUAUUGAAGAAGAUGGAACAUGGGAAGAAAGAAGCUUAAAUCUUCUUGCUGAAUCAGACUUUAAUCGACAGUUUUCACGCGAGAAAGACAGAAAAAAGGGAGAAGGGAAACUCAAAACAAAGUGGAUGAUAAGGCCAAUGGCUAUACCUCGAGUAAUCUUGGAACUUCAAGACGAAAGUUCUAGAGAAACUGCUCUUAGAUGUCUUAGUAGAUUCCUCAUUGAGAUAAGAGAAGAAAAUCCAAGGAUGUAUAAUGAUGCUGGACACAUGCUGUACUAUUCUUUUGGCACAAUGUCCAUCUUAUUGCAGGAAAUUUUGGCUUUUCUAAGAAAGAUGGUCGAGGGAAGCCUUAAAUACAGAUCUAUCAAACGUAUCGCAAACGUCCUCACCCUAAUUCAGAGCAUUGCUGCUAACUCAGCUACGAGGGAGAAACUCAUCGAUUUUUUUUUGAUCAAUGUAGCUCAAGUUCCCAUCUUCUUAUUACCCGUGAUAAAGUUUAAAAGCCCAUUAGAGGAUUUUGACAAUAUCUGUGCUGUCGCUCUCUCUGUCAUUGGGAUCAUGUGCCAGGCUAGAGAACCUAAGAUCAUUAAAUGGGCCGUUGAUAACCAAAUUUCGGAGGCAUGCUGGAGCUGCACAGAUACUGGGAACGAGCUCACUAGAGUGAUUGGAAUGCAUAUACUGGAAGCUAUUCUGCGAAAUGAAUAUGGUAUGUCUUACAUUUGUAGUCCAAUGUGCGAUGAUCUUCUUACUGGAUUGAUGAAAGCAUGGAGGGAGAUGAUCACAAUUCUAGCAAAAAACCAAGACUACUCUCCUCGCCUUGUCUUUCAUGUUCUCCGUUGCUAUAUGCUUCUAUGCGUUCAUGAUAGGGGCUUUAGUGCAGUGCUGAGUUAUCUUCCUGAUCCCAUGUUGGAUGGAACUUUCAUUGAAUCUGCAGAGAAAUUUCCAAUAAUUGGACGGUUACUUGACGAGCUUCUCAUGACCAUUGGGGGGAAUGUUCAACAACUACAAACACAUGCGUUCUAAUGAAGGAAAUAUAAUGCAGUUCCAACAAUAGAAUAUUGAAGUCGCUCUUGAAGAUAAAGUUGUUUUAUUGCCAGUAGAAAAGGAAUGCUACAUUUACUCAUUGAUACUCGCCGGGACUCGAGCUUAACUGAUCUCCAGCUCGCAUCAUUUUCCAGAGCUCCCACUCCAUCUACUUUCUAACAACUUUUGAAUGAAUUUCAAUUGCCUAGAUUUAUAGUUAAGAACUACCUUUAACCCUUUAUAUGUUUUUUUGUACAUAUAAAAUACUUACCCUGGCAAGUGUAUAUAUAAAUAUAAUUUCCUGCUACAUCAUUUCUUCUUU